UCAAAAUGCGUCUGUAUUUUGGGAACGAAGCUGAGUGCGAAUAUUAACGGCAUAUUUUUGUUUUAUUCAGCUCCCCAAACCUGACGCACUCAGAGGCUGCUGGAUCAGCACCACGGACAGAGACAGGAAUUUGGUUAAAAAGCAGCAGAGCUGGUUCUGCAGAGAUGUGGAAGGACUCCCACUUACUGAAAACGGCUCAAGCUUGAGCAAAACCCCCGAUGUUCAUGUAGAUUAUUCUUGUAAUUUCAUUUCUAUCAAAUAACAAAACUUGCUUAACUACAAGUCUUUCUCCAGUUAAACCUGUGAUUUACAACACAGUCCGCGUCUGAGUUAAUCCCUUUCCCUCCGUUCUGCGUUAAUGCUUUGCAGUGUUUCACGUCAGUCACCUUAACUAGAUUGCUCCAUCAGACGGAAUUACCCGCAUCACUCAAUGAAACACAGUUAUCGAUCACACUGCCCCUCUCUCCGGCCAGCAGCUCUCUCCUGCGCGCGCUCUCCUCUCCUCUCCUCUCCUCUCCUCUCAGCGAGCGCUGCGUCGGAGGGGAAACGAAAACCUAGUCCGAGCUGCUCCACGGGGGGGAUACAAUCCACUGGAUCCUCCUUAUUUUACAGAACACGACAGCAGUGUCUGAUGCGAUGGGAUUCCUUCAGCUCAGGCCACUUUUACUUCCAUAACACUCGGUCUCUUCACCUGGCCCAUGAUUGCCACAAACAUUGAGUGUUACCUCCUGUGGUGACAAACACACUCAAGAGAUUUCCUCCUCCUGCAUCAUCUCAGGACCCACUGAUCUCUCCACCGUCCUGCACCAACCAUCUUUCCCUUUUCCUCUUUUCUUCUGUGUCUCACCGUCCACUGAAAACCUGCCUUUGGAGCCACAAUGGAGGACACUUACAAUAACAGGACUUCUCUGGUGAAAGGGGCCAAAGACAUGGUCAAAGGAGCUAAGCGGCACGCUGCAAAGAAAGUCAACAAAGUGGUUGACCGUGCUGCGGAUGAGUACUCAUCUCAUCGAAGCUACUCUCGAUUCCAAAAUGAGGAGGAUGAAAACGAGGAUUUCUACCAGAACCAACAGGGGCAGGAAGGAGAGGGCUAUGACAACGAGGAAGGCUCCAGCGAUGCCACAGAGGGUCACGAUGAUGAGGACGAGAUCUACGAGGGAGAGUAUCAGGGGAUCCCCUCAGCAGGAGACAAGAAGCAAAAGGAUGGCCAGGUGGUGAUGGGACAACUGAUGUCAGAUGCCACAAGGGACCGUGAUGAUCUGGAGCAGGAGAGGCAGGCGGAUGAAGAGGAGCUGGCCCAGCAGUAUGAGCUGAUCAUGCAGGAGUGCGGGCACGGGAGGUUCCAGUGGCAGCUGUUCCUGGUGCUGGGGCUGGCCCUCAUGUCAGAUGGUGUAGAAGUGUUCGUGGUGGGAUUUGUGCUGCCAAGUGCGGAGACCGACAUGUGCGUGCCAGACUCCAGCUCAGGUUGGCUGGGCAGCAUUGUUUACUUGGGAAUGAUGGUCGGAGCUUUUUUCUGGGGAGGGAUGUCUGACAAAGUGGGCCGCAGACAAUGCCUCCUCAUCUGCAUGUCCACCAAUGGCUUCUUUGCCUUCCUGUCGUCAUUUGUCCAGGGAUACGGCGUCUUCCUUCUCUGCCGUCUCUUUGCAGGCUUUGGGAUAGGAGGUGCUGUGCCCAUAGUUUUCUCCUUCUUUGCAGAGGUGUUGUCCAGAGAGAAACGAGGCGAGCACCUGAGCUGGCUGUGCAUGUUCUGGAUGAUUGGAGAGAUCUAUGCAUCAGCAAUGGCCUGGGCCAUCAUACCCCACUAUGGCUGGAGCUUCAGCAUGGGAUCAGCGUACCAGUUCCAUAGCUGGAGAGUGUUUGUCGUCGUCUGUGCCCUGCCGUGUGUGUGUGCUGUGGUGGCACUUACCUUCAUGCCUGAAAGUCCCAGAUUCUACUUGGAAGUGGGGAAGCACGAUGAAGCCUGGAUGAUCCUCAAACAGAUUCACGACACCAACAUGAGAGCUCGUGGGCAGCCGGAGAAAGUCUUCACCGUAAACAGGAUUAAAAUCCCCAGACAGACGGAUGAAUUAGUAGAAAUGGAAUCAGAAUCUGGAAACUCCAUCUCCAAGGUUUUCUUUAGGAUAAAGUCAGAAGUACAUGGGAUCUAUCUGAACCUUAUGAAAUGCUUCAACUACCCUAUGAAGGAAAACAUGGUCCGACUGGCCAUAGUGUGGUUAACGCUGUCCUUUGGGUAUUAUGGACUGUCCGUCUGGUUUCCCGAUGUCAUCAAACACCUUCAGGCAGAUGAAUACGCCUCCAAAGUGAAGAUCCACAACGAUGAACGCAUCGAAAGCUUUACCUUUAACUUUACGCUGGAGAACCAAAUCCACAACAAUGGUCUCUUCAUUAAUGACCAUUUCAUCAACAUGAAGCUGAAGUCAGUCACCUUCGUUGACUCUACGUUUCGGAGUUGUUUUUUUGACGAUGUGACAUCGGUGGGCACCGUCUUCAGAAACUGCACUUUUAUUGAUUCGUUCUUCUUUAACACAGAUAUCGAUGAAUCCAAGUUGAUAGAUGGCACAGAGGUGAUUAACAGCACUUUCACCCACAACAAGACAGGGUGCCAGAUGACAUUUGAUGAUGACUACAGUGCCUACUGGGUUUACUUCAUCAACUUCCUGGGCACUUUAGCUGUCCUCCCUGGAAACAUCGUGUCUGCACUUCUUAUGGACAAAAUUGGGCGACUUUCCAUGUUGGGUGGCUCCAUGAUUCUGUCAGGCAUCAGCUGUUUCUUCUUGUGGUUUGGCACCAGUGAGUCCAUGAUGAUCUUCAUGUUAUGCCUUUAUAAUGGUCUGAGCAUUUCUGCCUGGAACUCUCUGGAUGUGGUCACCACAGAGUCUUUUCCUACUGUCAGGAGGGGAACUGGCUUUGGGUUCUGCAAUGCCUUGUGUAAGCUGGCUGCUGUCAUGGGAAACCUAAUUUUUGGUUCUCUAGUUGGUAUCACCAAAGCCGUCCCUAUUCUAAUGGCCUCGUCGGUGCUUGUUGGAGGAGGCCUGAUGGGGUUGCGGUUGCCAGACACCCGGGCAAAUGUUCUCAUGUAGCGCUACUGACCAGUUUGUCAAUCCCUAUGAGUGUUUGAGGAAGCCCGUAGAGUUUUUGAGUGAGGAGUACAAGAGGCUUGGUUCAUCUUAAUACUAAAAAUCUCAUUUUAUCAACAUACAUUAAAGCUGUGGCUAUGCACACACACACACACACACACACACACACACACACACACACACACACACACACACACACACACACACACGCACGCACGCACGCACGCACGCACACACACACACACAUAGUGCUGUAAAGGAGGGCUGCUGUGACAGCAAGCAUGUUCUCGAUAUGUUCUAAUCAUUGAAUUACCUUCUCAGCCUUCAUUGGGUUCUACAGGAGAUACUAAAUACUCUUUUUAAUCAGAUAUGCAGUUCAAACGGGGAAACAUCUAAAACCACCAGGAGUCCAGCAAUCUAGCACACCCCUGCUAAAGCUACAAGAAAAAGAAGAAGAAGAAGAAGAAGAAGAAGAAGAAGAAGAAGAAGAAGAAGAAGAAGAAGAAGAAGAAGAAGAAGAAGAAGAAGAAGAAGAAGAAGAAGAAGAAGAAGAAGAAGAAGAAGAAGAAGAAAAUAUCUUUUCUAUGGCACCUCUCGAGAUAAAUAUCACGAGGUGCUUCACAAAAACAAAAAAUGUAAAAUAUAAAAAAGAAUUUAGAAAAUGUAUUAAACUAUAUUUAAAAUGAGCAAAAAAUAGACAAUUGUGAUUAAAAAAUGUAAAGAAAGAGUGAGAAAGUGAAUAGGGAAGACGGAAAUCAGUGGAUCCUGAGGUAGGUGGAAUAGGAAGGGAGAGCAGAACAAGGAGAGAGUGAUGUAGGUCACACCAAAGCCAACGCGAACAAGUGAGAUUUCAGCUGCUUUUUAACGGAGACCACUGAGUCCACUGAUCUCAGGCUCAGGGAGUGAGAGGUCCAGAGUCUGGGGGCCACAGCAGCAAAUGAACGGUCACCUUUGGUCUUUAGCCUGGUGCGCUGCACAACCAGUAGGCUUUGAUCACUGGACCUCAGGGACCUGCUGGGGGUGUAGGGACUAAGAAGAUCACGAAUGUAAGAUGGUGCUUCUCCAUGUAAGGCCCUAUAGACGAGCACAAGGAUCUUGAAAGGAACCCUGAAGUUGACUGCCAGCCAAUGAAACUGGAGGAGAAGCGGGGUGAUGUGGGUGUGUUUGGAGGACUUGGUCAGAAGCCGAGCACAGGCAUUCUGAACCACCUGUAGACGGUUCAGGGAGGUUCUGCUCAGACACGUGAAAAGAGAGUUGCAGUAGACUAAGAGUGAGGAGAUGAAGGUGUGGAGAACAGUCUCAAGUUCAGAAUGGGACUCAGCUUAGCAAUGUUCCUGAGAUGGAAGAAGGAAGAGCGAACAAGAGAACUGACAUGAGAAUCCAGGGUGAGAGCUGAGUCAAAGCUCAUACCAAGAUUCCUGACAGAAGGUUUGGUGUGAGAAGCAAGCUGACCAAGAGAGUCUUUGACUUUGGGAACCGGCUUGUCUGGGGCACAGAUGAGGAUCUCAGUCUUAUCUUCAUUCAGCUGUAGAAAUUUCCCAACCAUCCAGGUUUUAAUAGAGUCUAAGCAGGUGUGUAACAGCUGCAGCUUAAACAUCUCAUGGGGCUUAAAGGAGAUGUACAGUUGGAUGUCAUCUGCAUAAAGAUGGUAGGAGAUUCCUUUUAAGGAGCUCAGGAUGUGCUGAAGAGGAAGCAGAUAGAGUAGGAAGAGCAGAGGUCCCAGCACAGAACCUUGUGGGACACCAUGGGUAAGGGAGGUGGUGGAGGACCUAAACCUGGAGAUGGCCACAGAGAAGGAGUGCUCAGAAAGAUAAGAGGAGAACCACUCCAGAACAGUUCCUGAUAGGCCUACCCAGUCUCUCAGCCUCUCCAGUAGCAGGUGAUAGUCAACAGUAUCAAACGCUGCCGUCAGGUCCAGCAGGACUAGAACAGAGAACAGUCCCCUGCAUCACUAUGAGUCAGAAGGUCGUUAGAGACCCUAAGAAGAGCUGUUUCAGUAGAAUGAGCUCUAAUGGAAGCUAUCAUAGAUGUUAUGUUCAUCAAGAGCAGCUGUGAGUUGUUUAGCCACAACCUUUUGCAAGAUAACCAGAUGGCAAGCAGGAGGUGGGGACGCAGAAACUGACAACUUAAAGAAAAUGCAAUGGUGAUCUGAAAUGUAAACAUCCUCAGGACAAACACUGUCAGUAUUUAGACUUAGGGUAAAAACAAGGUCUAGAGUGUGUCCCCUGGUGUGUUUGGGACCAGAAACCUGCUGGGUAACGCUGAAGGAGUCCAUAAGGCUGGAGAAAUUCAUGGCAAAGUGGUCUGAGGGAUCAUCAACGUGGAUGUUAAAGUCAUCAACAAUCACCAGUCUGGAUAGCUUCACAGUGGAGGAUAGAAAGUCACUAAACCCCUGAGGGAAAGAACUGUUUGGACCAGGUGGACGAUUAACCACAGCACAGUAAAAUGGGGUUUUACGCCCGACUUUAGUCAGCUGCAGUUCAGAGGAAGCAAAGUGACCAGAGGUUGUAGAGCUACAUGGAAGAUGGUCUCUGAAAACAACAGCUAGGCCUCCACCAUGACCAGAACUUCGGGGCUGGCUAAGGAAAGAAUAACUACUCGGGCAGAGUUCAAUCAGACCAGAAUAAUUAGAUGUUUGCUGCCAGACUUCAGUCAGAAACAAAAAAUCUAGGUUUUUAGAGAAAAUUAGAUCAUUAAGCAGGAAGGACUUAUUGUUAACAGAGUGGGUAUUUAAUAGAGCCAUGCUGAGUGAGGUGGAGGAAUCAGAAACUACAGAAACAGCUGGAGUUAGUGGAUGUAGAUUACCAGGGAUAGAUCCUCGGUGUUUAUAAAAACCACUUAUGGAGGGAACAGGAGGAGAAACCACUGAAGAAUGAGGAUAAACAGACCUUAAAAAACUUGGAUGGAGAAACUGCGCCGCAACACGGCCUGGCGGGAAUGCGGAAGUGGCGCUCAGGUCGCCAAACAAAGAACAAGAAGCUAGAAGAUUACGUCAAUGUUUACUAGAUAAAUGUGAUGCUAGCACACCUCUGCUAAAGCUACAACAGGCUAAAACAAAAGUCCCACUCGUGAUGCUAGCACCCCCCUGCUAACGCUACAACAGGCUAAAACAAUAGUCCAAUGUAAUGCAAAGUUGAACACUAGACUAAUGACUGUUGCUCCAAUACACUAAAAAUAAUCUCUUUUUGUUCUCCUUCCUUCCACAGUUAGCUUGAAGUUUACAGAUUGACAUGAUUGACAUCAAUGAUGGUCGAGUUAGCAUUCAAGCUAGGCUGGUGUGAUAAGCUGAUUUUGUGUUAAUGCAUCACAUUGCAGUGCAUUCUGGGUAAGAGGGCACAUUCUCGUUGAUUGACAGCUGCCUCUUGGAUGUAGCUCUAUUGUCAAGGCUCUAUAGCUCACGCAAAAAGUUGUUUUGCUGUAGAGACCUGGGGAGGGACUUUAGGCUGAUUCAUGCUUCUUCGUCUGCGUCAGUGCGGAGACAUGCAACGCCAUUAUCCAUCUUUGCGGGCCUGCUGGAGAGCCCCACAAUGACGAACGGAGUCGAGCUCUCUAAACCCAUGUUUCCUGUCAUUUACGUCCACAAAUAAAACGCUUGCUGCGUAUCUUUUCACUCCUCCAGUCACGAGGAAAUGAAAUGUUCGUAUUUUUAGAAUUUUUUCACGAGGUAUUCUUCAAACUUCUCCGUGUCUGCCGCUAGUUAUUCUCAGCUCUCUUUAUGUUUUUGAGGGCGCAAUGGCAGCGGUGUAUAUGACAGCGGUGCCCUGACCAAUCACAAGCUUGCAUUCUCCGUCUCGAUGGACGGAUGUUUAGAAAAGAGAGCUCGACUCCGUCCGUCCUUGCGGGGCUUACCAGCAGGCCGGCAAAGAUGGAUAAUGGUGUUGCGUCUCCGCACUGACGCAGACGGAGAAGCAUGAAUCAGCUAUUUAAUUUAUAUCAGAACAGGGUCAGACAGUCAAAUUUAAAACAUUUAGCGAGUUACUGUUUACCACAGCUUUAAAAUUAGACAAGCUUUUUAAAACAAGUUUGUCCUCCUAAAAACCCUGGAGGAUUUCAUAUAAACAACGUAGAAAAUUGCCCAGACUUCUUUCCAAGUUCUGUUUGACUGCUCCAGUCAUGACCUCAUGUAAAGAAACCACAUGGUUGGAAGUCUGGGGCUUUUAAUAUUGAUACAGUCUGAUUAAAACAAGCCAGAUGGGGGAAAAAGUCAAAAACAAGCUGUAAUGAGCACAACCAACCUGUUGUGUGACAACGCAGGGAAUACAUGAUCAGACAGAGCAGACUCGUUGACAGCUGGCUUACCCACGAGAAAACCGAACACGACAUUUGCGCAGAAAGUCGACACGCAGAAACAAAUCAAAAGUGUUGAAGCAGUAAGUAACAUUAUGAGUACAAAUACUGAGGAUCAGGUGUUUUUCAACCCUGCUUUUGCAUUAGACUACCAACAUGAUGCAGUUUGUUAAAUGGCAUUUUCACGGACAUCUGUAACCUUUCAAAGUAGAUCUUUAAAAUGAGACCAAGCCCUUAGUAUUGCUGACCCCAACUUGAAUUGAAAAGGCCAUUCUGUAAAAAAAAAAAAAAAAAGACAAGAUUUUCUUUUGUACCAAUAAUUGUGUGUGAUGUUGAAUCUGAGGAUCCUUAAUUCCCAGGUUAAAAGAUAGAGUGAAAAUCUGUUCAUUUCUUGUCUUUGUGUGUAUUUGUGUAAAAAAGAUCUAUGAUGAGAACUCCUUUAGCUCUGUGUCGAAACCUGCUUGUGGCAAUUUCCUGCUGCUUCCUUUUUCAUAAUAUCAAAUGGCCUUUUUGAAUGUGCCUCUCCUUGACCGGAACAGUCCGCCCAUAGUUGUGUGUCACCCAAAGGUCACGAGGAUCAGAUGGGGAUUUAGCAGAGAAAAAUACAAAUAAACAAGGCAAAAUAUGUAAAUAAAAGAAAAUAUUUCCAGAAAGUAAAACGGAUUGAUUUUUUAAAAACGCCAUUUGGUUUAGUUUGAGUUUGCGGGCUUCAUUUUCUUCUACGUUCUCCACCUUUUCCCUCAAACUGGUGUCUGUGCUUUAGACGAAGGCUUUUACCCUCGUGUUGUUCACUCACAGCUAAAAAAGAAAACGUGCUGUAUGUGUGCAUUUAUUUCCAAAAGCCUUGAGCUUUGCCAACUUUCUUUGUAAAACGUGCAAGAAAAUAUCUUGUGAAGUGUUGCUGUUGCUCAGCAGAUAAUUUUGACAGUGUUUUCAAAAUUUUCAACAACUGUAUAAAGAUUCUAAAUAAAAAUAAAGAUUCUAAAUAAAAUGCAAUCCCUUAUGCUGCUGACGGCUGUCUGUAGCAGACGGAUAUGAGACGGCGUGACCUGCCUGGUUCUGGAUGGAAUACUAGUACCUGUUGUGUCAGAGAUGUUUGUUGUACGCAAACUGUAUUUUUGUGUGUGUGCCGAUGAGACAAAGACAUGAAGAGUAUUGUGUGUGUGUGAGUCACCAUGUGGACACAUAAAUGUAAAUAUAAUGUCAAUAUCAAAGCUAAUAUAGGUGAACCUCCAGGUUAAAAGUGUUUUCUGAUUCAUGUGUCUGACUGAUGACCUUUUUCUGUGUCUCUGCUGGAAACGUGUGUGUCCUUUGAUUUCACCAGCUGCUAUGUGUGUGUGUGUGUGUGUGUGUGUGUGUGUGUGUGUGUGUGUGUGUGUGUGUGUGUGUGUGUGUGUGUGUGUGUGUGUGUGUGUGCAUACUUGCAUGUGUGCCGUAAAGUUAUUUUGUGUUCUUGAAGUAAAUGAUCCUUGUUGAGAGCGAUGGCAGAUUUUUGUGGAGGAAAAAUGUGAAUGUAUUACUCUUGUAGGUUUUGUUGAUCCAUUUUUUUUAGGUAGUUGAAUCUAUGUGAACAUUUCAGUUGUAAAUAUGUGUUGUACAAAAAUCUACUAGUAAAAAAAAUAACUGACCUGUGAUUUGAGAGGUCAAAAUAUGUGACAUGUGAAUACAUAUUUGCCAAAUGAGGUGCUGUAUAUGACGGGAAACACUGCAGACUGAUCUGCUUUGGAAACACGUGCAGUAGAAUAAAAUACAUGCUCUCGAGCAAAUCAA